AGUCUUAUUGUCUUGUGCUGCCGCCUACGUUGACGAAAUGAACUAAUGGCUUUGGAUUUCAGCGAGUCUUUGCCUCAAACGAAGUUUACCGGAGAAAAUAAUAGCAGCAAUUUGUUUCGCCAUGAUGUUGAUGUGAAUUAGUUUGUCAAAGCCACUUCCCGAUGUUGUACUUAGGCCCAUAUCAAUGUAGAAAAUACGCAUUCCUCAGGAAGGGAAACGGGGGCAGCAUUUCGUGGAUACCAAAGAAAGCUUCAAACGUGUUUGAAGCUUUCGAGGCCGUAUUCAUGGAACUAUGAACCUGGACUCGUUGUCUUUUGCCUUGUCACAAAUAUGUUAUUUGGUUACAAAUUUAACAAAGAAAAAUUAUAAGCAAAGUGUUCAGGAUAUAUAUCAUUUGGUGUCAGCAUACGGGCUUGAAGCAGAAAGGCACUUGCUGCGUUGUCUCUUCUCGCACAUUGAUUUCAGUGCUGAGGGGACUAAAACUAGCAGCAGUAAAGACUUCCACCAAAUUUUGCUUCUUAGCCAGGAGUGCACAUCACUGCUGACAAAGCCCACAUUUAUAUCUAGUAUUUGCUACGCCACUGAUAAUCCUUUACACCAUCAGAAGACUUUAAAACCAUCAUCACAACUUUUACCACAAGUGAGCAAAGUUUUGAAGCUAACUCCAGUCCAGGAAGUAGCAUUCGGCUUGGCGUUACUACAUUCAUUAAACCAAGAAACCCAAAAUUUCGCUGCCCAGUUUUUGAAAGCUCGGCUCCCAGACCUUAUAGUAUCUUACAUAAAUACAGAAACAGCUAGCAACCAGCAAGAACUCUGUCUGCGUGACAUUCCUUCUGAGGUUCUCCACUUGAUAGUUGUCAGUUUACUCCAGGGAUUCAAAGAUCAAUUUGGAAUAAGCACUGAAACAAGGGAAGCUUUUCUUCAGGCCUUAAGAAAAGAGUUUACUGAAGAAUCGGUGCCAGUCAUCUUAGCACCACUGUUAUAUCCUGUAAAGGCUACUUUUCCUAUGGAUAAAGGAAACCAGGAGAAUCUUUCAAUUACAACCAUGAUGGACGGUUCUCUAGCUGAUCUAAUAAUGGAGAUGGGUUAUGGAUUCUGUUCUUCUGUUGAAGAAUGUCGGAACAAUCUUAUCAGUUUGGGUGCAAGGGAAAUGACUCCAGCAAUGACAGCACGUGUUCUCAGCAUGAUGGUGCGGACUCAUACUGGUCUUGAUGAACAAGUGGGCUUACAGAAUUUACAGAAUCCAGCCAAUUACUGGGGAAACAGCAAUGAUUCUGGUUCAAAAGAGAAAGGUUCUUCUGACAGCAGUCAUCCAAACACAUGGAACGUUGAAAUUUUUGCGCAAGCUCUGAAAGAACUUGUCCCUAACUUACAGUGGAAUGAUGUUAUAAUGGAAUUGGAUCACAGUGAAUUUAUGGUCAAGGAACGACAAGGAUUGAAUUUGUUAAUGACUGCUCUUAGACUGGGACUUCAAAACCAAGGUUAUCAUCCAGAUGUCUUUCCUGUUGAUCUGAUAUACCGACACUGGAAAAAUGUGGAUGGGCAGUUUUCACUGAUUCAGCAAAUACUGAAGAAUCCAGAUCUUUUCUGUUUUGCUGAUUAUCCUUACCACUCAGUGCCAGUGGAUCUCCUGAAAGCUCCUCCUGACAGUGACAACAAAGACAUUGCUACUUGGAGAUCAAUGGACUUGGUAGAUGUUUUGCUUUAUUUAGCUGAGAGAGGAUUGUAUGCUCAAGUUCAGGAGCUGUUUAAAAUUCCUGUUCAACAUUGCCCAGAUGUGUUGAUGCUGUCAUUACUGCAGUUCAGUGCUCCAGUUACUGUUCUGAGACAAGAACUCCUGACAAGUCUCAUUCCAAUAUUUUUAGGGAAUCAUCCAAAUUCGGUUAUCAUACUUCAUCAGGCAUGGCAUUCACAGAAUGUUUCAAUCAGGCCUAUUAUUAUGCAUGCAAUGGCUGAAUGGUAUCUCAGAGGAGAAAAUGACCAAAGCAGGCUUUCGCGAAUUCUUGAUGUUGCCCAAGACCUUAAGGCACUUUCAAUGCUGCUCAAUGCUUCAUCAUUCCCAUUUGUAAUAGACUUGGCUUGCCUAGCAUCAAGAAGAGAAUAUUUGAAACUAGAAAAAUGGCUAACAGAUAAAAUACGAGAACAUGGCGAACCUUUCAUAUCUGCUUGUGUGAAAUUUCUGCAACGCCGGUGUCCACAGAUCAUGGGUAACAAGGAUGGUGAAAGCCAACCCAAGUCGGCACAACUGCCUCAUGAGACACUGACAACAAUGUUGGCAUGUCUACAAGUCUGCGCAGGGAAUGUUUCUCAAGAACUCUCGGAAGCAAUAUUAACAAUGAUUGCUAACUGUAGUAUUUUGAUGAGCAAACCCAGGCAACCACCACCUGGAGUCUUGAGAACCCACAGAGGUAUUGAACCUGCAUUUAGUACAUCUCUUGGGGGACAGCUUUUCACUGCAUCACAAGUCGACACGAUCGGUGGUAUCAACACCAGUCUUGCAAGUAUAAACAUUGCUGGAGCCCCUGGUGGUCUCGGUCCUCCCAGUUCACAAGCUUUCAACCUACCAGGGGCAUUGGGACAACUUGUUACAAAUCCAGGUUCUCCAUCUCGUUUAAUGGGAGGAGCUGUAUCAGGUCCAGGACCAGGUCCUGGACCUUCACAAAGCCCAUUUCCACUUCUACCACAACAGCUGCAGCAGUCUGGACCUGUCGGCAGCCAAGUAGGUCCUGGUCCAGGCAGCAACCCAGCUUCACUAGUACCAAGUGUUGGCCUGGGGGUUGGUGCCAUAGGUGCCCUCAGCCGCUCUCUUGGACCACAAUCUGGGAUGGAUAAAGCAAGGAUAGGAGCUGAAACAGCAAGUAUAUUUCCUGAUAUGGCAGGAACAGUGUCAAAAGAAAUUGAAGAUGAAGCUAACAGCUACUUCCAGAGGAUCUACAAUCAUCCCCCUCAUCCGACUCUGUCAAUUGAUGAAGUUUUGGAAAUGCUUAAAAAGUUUCAGGACUCACCAAGUAAACGAGAGAGGGAAGUUUUCAACUGCAUGCUCCGGAAUCUGUUUGAAGAAUACAGAUUUUUUCCUCAAUACCCAGACAAAGAACUCCAUAUAACAGCACAGCUCUUUGGUGGCAUAAUUGAACGGAGAUUGGUCAGCUAUAUGGCAUUAGGACUAGCCCUCAGAUUUGUGUUGGAUGCUCUUCGAAAACCUACCACCAGUAAGAUGUACUUCUUUGGAAUUGCUGCACUAGAUAGAUUUAAAACAAGGUUAAAAGAAUACCAUAAGUAUUGUGAACACGUUGCAGCCAUUCCGCAUUUCCACGAAUUUCCUCCCCACUUAAUAGAGUAUGUAGAAUACGGGUUACAGUCACAAGAGCCACCUAACAGGCCAACAGGGCCAGUGUUACCUGUUAGUCUGGCUUCUAUUCUCUCUCCAAUGCCUACGGUUACAACAGGGUAUAAGACUUUGACAUCGACUACUGUCACAACAACCACUUCCAGUGCUAAAUCAACAACCACAACCCCAGCCAUUGCAGCAAGACCAUCGAUAGCAAAUGCUACCAAUAUUGACACUUUACUUGUUGCUACUGAAAAAGAAGAGAAAAUGACAGCACCUCCUGAGGCCUUGCAAGAUAAAAUUGGAUUUGUUUUCAAUAAUUUGAGCCAGCUAAACCUUCAGAGUAAGUGUGAUGAACUGAGAGAGAUAGUUACAGAAGAAUAUUAUCCAUGGAUGGCACAGUAUCUUGUAAUGAAGAGAGCGAGCAUUGAACUAAAUUUCCACUCUCUGUAUUCUAAUUGUCUUGAUGUUCUGAAAAUACCAGAACUGAAUCAGAUGGUCUUGAGAGAGACCUUUCGAAAUAUAAAGGUCCUCCUCCGAAGUGAUAAAGGAAUUGCCAAUUUUUCAGACCGCUCUCUCCUAAAAAAUCUUGGACAUUGGCUUGGAAUGCUAACACUUGCCAGAAAUAGGCCGAUCCUGCAGGAAGAUAUUGACCUGAAAGCUCUUCUAGCCGAAGCUUACCACAAAGGGCAACAGGAACUACUGUACGUUGUUCCAUUUGUAGCCAAAGUCUUGGAAUCUUGUGCAAAAAGCAAGGUGUUUAAGCCACCAAAUCCUUGGACAAUGGGAAUAAUGAAUGUGUUAGCAGAGCUGCACCAAGAACCAGACCUAAAAUUAAAUCUGAAGUUUGAGAUAGAGGUGUUGUGUAAAAAUCUGAAUAUAGAUGUUUCUGAAUUGAAGCCCUCUUUAUAUUUGAAGGAUCAAGAGAAAUUACGGAAUUUGGAAUACCAGCUCUCUCAUCCAAGUAAAAAGCAAGAAGCUAUUGUACAGCCAACGAUGUCGCAGUCACCAGCACAGAGUCAAACAGCUACCAGUACAGCUCCUUCUGCAGCACCUGUGGAGGAAAUGGCACAAAUAACAAUAUCGUCUGCUGCAACACCACCAACUUCUGUUGCUCCCACCAACACGACACCUACUUCAAGUCUUCCAACAGGACCACCAGAACCUCGUUUUGGUUAUAUGGACAUCUGUAUAAGUACAGUGAACAGUUUGGCUCCUCAUAUAACAAUCAAUUCCCAGCUUGCACUGUUCCAAACUCAUCCGCAGCUGAAACAGUUUGUACGACCAGCUGUCGAACGUGCAAUUCAAGAGUGGAUUCAUCCAGUCGUUGACCGUUCCAUCAAAAUAGCUCUUACCACAUGUGAACAGAUAAUCAAAAAGGACUUUGCCUUGGAUCCAGACGAAUCUCGAAUGCGUGCUGCAGCCCACCAUAUGGUGCGAAACUUGACAGCAGGAAUGGCCAUGAUAACCUGUAGAGAUCAGUUGCUGGUCUCAAUAAGCACAAAUCUGAAGACAGCAUUUGUUUCUGUUUUAACGGGUGCUACACCUCAGCAGAAGGAAAUGAUUGAACAGGCAGCUCAAGUUGCAGCUCAAGAUAAUAUGGAAUUAGCAUGUGCAUUUAUACAGAAAACAGCUAUUGAAAAGGCUGUUCCAGAAAUCGACAAAAGAUUACUGAACGAAUUCGAACUAAGGAAGCAUGCAAGGAAUGAAGGCCGUCGCUACUGUGAUCCUCUGGUGUUGACAUACCAAGCAGAACGUAUGCCUGAACAAAUUCGCCUCAAAGUUGGUGGAGUCACUCCCCCGCAAAUGGCUGUGUAUGAGGAAUUUGCUCGUAAUAUUCCUGGUUUCCUGCCAAUUACAGAAAGGGACACUGCUCUGUUUAUCCCUAAGCCUGUCACUCAAGAAGCUGCAAACCUCACCUUCCAAAGCGCAGGUCCAUCACAUUUGCAAGUGUAUGGUGCAGCAGAAGAUAUUGUGAUAAUUUAUGAUAAACUGGGGAAUGAAGUGGAUCACUGCCUUCAGACAAUAAUAGGCUCACAGCCAGUGAUGUCAUCCAGCAAUUGUCAAGUUGGUGGCCUACAUAGUCUACUUGAAAGCAUCCUUGUUGCCAAAAGACAAAGAGAUGUUACCUCUGCUGUACAGCUUCUUCAAAAGGCUGUAGAAGGUUUGCUGGAUGGGAUGACACAAGUACCACUAGAUCCAGAGACAGUAUUGAGGUACAGAGACAUUCAUUUACGUGUGCUAAAAGCUUUGCAAGAUCAACGAGCCUAUGGUAUUCAAUGGACAAACAAGCAGGUGACUCGAUUCCUAACAGAGUGUCGUGAAGAGUACAGGUACAACUUGGAAGCUGUGGAUUGUCUUAUUCGGUCGCAUCUUGUGAACCUGCAACAGUAUGAUUUACAUUUGGCACAUUCAAUGGAAGGAGGACUGAAUUACAUGGCAGUAGCAUUUGCGAUGCAGCUAGUUCAACUGUAUUUAAUAGAUGAAAGACUGAAUGGUAUAGUGUCUGAAGGCGAUUUUUGCAAUACUGUUGAAAUGCUUGCAAGGAUUGCAACACACUCUAGACAGCCACCUGAAGGACUUACUACCCUAAUUGAUUUGCUACGGGCAAAUCAUGACCCAGCCAUGCUGGUAGACAGAGCUCAAGGAGGACCUACUGCAUACAUACAUUCAGGAAUUCUUCAAGUGAGAUCUCAACCACUUUUACAGGCGCGGGAAUUUGAUGACCCUCCGGGGCUCUUGGAGAAAACAGAGUAUUUGCUGAGAGACUGGGUCCAAAUUUAUCACUCUCCAAAUGCUGCCAGAGAUCCAACACGAGCUUUCAGCAUGUUUGUGCAGCAGAUGAAUGGCCACGGAAUUCUUAAAACAGAUGAUCUCAUUACACGUUUUUUCCGACUGAGUACACAAAUGUGUGUGGAUGUUUGUUAUCGAGCACUUGCUGAACAAAAUGGUUCACCGACAAUGGUUCGUGCAAAAUGUUUUCACACAUUAGAUGCAUUUGUACGUCUCAUUGCUCUAUUAGUGAAACAUUCAGGAGAUGCAUCAAAUACAACAACAAAAAUCAACUUGUUAAAUAAGGUGCUAGGAAUUGUAGCAGGAGUUCUGCUGCAAGAUCAUGACAAUCGCUUAGCAGAUUUUCAGCAAUUACCAUACCACCGGAUAUUUAUAAUGCUGUUUUUGGAACUGAAUGCACCAGAACCAAUCUUAGAAGCCAUAAAUUUCCAGGUGUUGACUGCAUUCUGUCAUACAAUGCACAUUCUGCGACCAGCAAAAGCUCCAGGUUUUGCUUAUGCUUGGUUGGAACUUAUCUCCCAUCGUGUGUUUAUUGGAAGGAUGCUAGCACUUACCCCUCAGCAGAAGGGAUGGGGAAUGUACGCCCAGCUUCUCAUAGAUCUGUUUAAGUUUUUGGCACCCUUCCUCCGUAAUGCAGAACUAGCGAAGCCAGUAACACUGCUGUACAAAGGAACACUGAGAGUGUUACUAGUGCUCCUUCACGACUUCCCAGAAUUUUUAUGUGAUUAUCAUUAUGGAUUUUGUGAUGUAAUACCGCCAAAUUGCAUACAGAUGAGAAAUUUAAUAUUGUCUGCAUUUCCAAGAAAUAUGAGACUGCCAGAUCCAUUCACACCAAAUCUGAAAGUGGAUAUGUUACCAGAAAUUAUUCAUGCCCCAAGAGUAAUAACAAAUUUUGCUUCCAUGAUUCAGCCAAUGAGUUUCAAGAAAGAUUUGGAUUCAUAUCUCAAAGCUAGAGCACCAGUAACAUUUCUUUCAGAGCUAAGAAGCAACUUGCAGGUAUCCAAUGAACCUGGAAUGCGGUACAACAUACCCUUGAUGAAUGCUUUGGUGUUAUAUGUGGGAACGCAAGCCAUUGCAUACAUUCGCAACAAGGGGCUUACACCAAAUAUGUCUACAAUUGCCCAUUCAUCACACAUGGACAUAUUUCAGAAUUUGGCUGUUGAUCUUGAUACUGAGGGGCGGUACCUUUUUCUGAAUGCUAUUGCCAACCAGUUGAGAUAUCCAAACAGCCAGACACACUACUUCAGCUGUACGUUAUUGUACCUUUUUGCUGAGGCCAAUACAGAAGCUAUCCAGGAACAAAUUACAAGGGUCCUUCUUGAAAGACUGAUUGUAAAUAGACCACACCCGUGGGGCCUCCUCAUUACAUUUAUAGAACUUAUAAAAAAUCCGACGUACAAGUUCUGGAAUCAUGAAUUUGUCCAUUGUGCUCCAGAAAUAGAAAAGUUGUUUGAAUCUGUUGCCAGAUCGUGUAUGGUCCAAAAACAAGGACAGCCAUCUCAGGAAAAUGAAAUGCCUGAGUAAUUUUUUUAUGAAGUUCAAGUUUUAGUUUUUGUAAAAUAAAUGUGAUAAAGUCUCAUUACUAUAAAUAUUUAAAAUAAUACAUGCACAAAUGAUACUAUUGUAAAUGAGUAAUCUAUCUGUAAAGAAAGAAGUUGAGAGCUCUAUAUAUUUUCGGGAUUACAUUUCAGUUCCUCAGCUAUUUUAUGUUGAAAAGUUUUUAUACAAAGGCUGUUUACAAUUUGGAGAAAACAGGGAAGUGAAUGUCUUUCUGUAUUUAAGAAAAUAGACAUUUUAACAGUGUAUUUGUCCUUAGUGCAACGAAUUGUUGGUACCAACUUUAAGAUGUGUUUAUUUUUGUGGGAAGAAUCACUUUGCUCUGUGUACAUUAAAAAAGUGUUUGCAAAGAUAAAACAAUACACUGGUAGAUAUCAAGGCAGUUUUAUAUAAUAACAAAACAAAAAACUGUAAACACAAACCCCAAUAUAAGUAUUAUUUGAUCCUUUGGUACUGGAUUCAGAGCAAUUCACACUGUGUUGCUUUGUGCUGCCAAAUGAUAUUGUACCUUUCUCAGUGUUUGUUUCAAUUUAGAUGCUAGACAAUGUGAUAAAAGCAUAAUCAUAACAAAUUCCUAGGCUGUGAUGAGAUGAAAAUAUAGUAUUAGCCGGAAGGUUUGCCAAAAUCACGUCUGAUAUUUUAUAUUAUGUAAAAAGUUAAUUUACUGUAUCUAAAUGUGAAUAUUACAUACCACUGUAUGUAUAAAAAUCGAUCGUUGUUUAUAAAUAGCCCGUCUUUCUCGUAGUAACACAUUUCAAGAUUAUUGUACUACUUUUUGAAAUAUAUUGGUAUAAAUAAAUGUAUUGGAUUAAUGUUCUCCAGCCUUAUGCAUUACUCUUUAAUGUUAUGAAAUGUUUUUAAUGACCUGAGAGUAAAAGUGAAAAGGGAAGGAGAAAAAAUAAACCUUGCCACGAUUUAUGAACAAAACUAAAUUCUGUGUGCACUCUGUCUUAUUCAUUUAUUCAUUUGUCAGAGUAAGGGAAUAUGAAUGUGAUUUAUUAAAAUAUUUACAGAAACA